AUGGCGGCCUCUGCUACAAUAGUGCCUAUGGCACACGAAAGAAAAGUUGAGAAUCUGAGAGACUUUAUGGUGAAUUUGGCGAAAUCGAGAGGCUUAUUGCUUCCUGAGACUAAGCUCUUCGAACAGAAAUUCGUGGAGCUGUGUUUGUCCCGUGUUCCUGAUCAUCCCACUUAUUCUGCUAUGAUUCUUGUUGCUAUCACGGAGCUGAAGGAAAAAGGUGGCUCUCGUGAAGAAGCGAUAUCAGAGUUUAUAAAGUCCAAGUACAAGAACUUGCCAUUUGCUCACACGAGUUUGCUCAGUCAUCAUCUAGCUAAGCUUGUGGAGAAAAAAGAGAUACUUUGUGACUACAACAACUACUGUUACACUCUCCCGGGGGAGAAGGAGAAGAGUGAUGCUUCCACUGAUGCUAGCGCUGUGAAGAAGGGGACAAGGAGUGAUCAGCGAUUGGCGAUUGAGGUUGUAACUCGCAAAAAUGAGGAAGAAAGUGUUAGAGGUUUGAAGUCUGGGGAAGAAGUGAGUUUGACUGAAUCUCGAACACGCUCCAAACGUAGAGCAUGUGGUGCCAUUAACGUUGUUGAAGUAAGGCAUACAGAAGAUAAUGGAGUCAAUGUAUGUCUAAGGGAUUCUACUGUUGAAACCCUUAGGGAAGAGGGAGUUGCUGAAGAACCACAAGUGGCUGUAGAAAAUAGUGAGACUGAAGGUACGGUUGAAGCUAACAUUGAUGGUGGUGAAUUACAUGAGGUGGGUGUUGUAGAUGAGCAAAAUGAUGUGUUGAUGGUAGAGUCUGGUAGAGAAGAAGAAAACCCAAUGGGAAGAAAAGCGAAAUUACGAAGAACAUCUAACACGAUGAAAGAAGCAAGUGUGGAAGUGAAGAGUGGAGCUUAUAAAACACUUUGGGAAUGCCAAACCGAAACAUGCGGCAAUAUCAUUGCUCUUGAGAAAAUGCUAAAGCAGUGCAAAGAGAAAGACCAGCUGAGUACAGCUGUUUCACAAAUUGAUGAUGUUUCUCGUUUGCCUCUAUCGAAGGAAAGCUGCAAAGAACUGCAAAAGAUUGCCCAAAAGAUAGAAAGCCAGCUCUCUGAGAUCAUCAAUUCCUUUGAUGAAGCCGUGGUUCCAUCUAAUCGAGGAAUUAGCAAAGGACUCUUCAAAGAGGACCCCAAGAUCAAAACUCCUUGCGAGAACAAUGGAUCUGAAAAACCCUCCAAACAGCAUGAACAGAAGGAAAGAGAGAUUGGUUCGCAGAAGAAACCACGGGCUAAGAAAACAAGAGUCAAAAGUCUUCGAGACAUAGGAACAAGAGUAGUGAGGAAAUCGCCUCGCAUGCAUAAGCCAACAUGA